UUUCACAUUUAAAAACCAAGGACAAUUUCAGAACAAAAACAAAAAAACUCUGAAACUUGAUUGAGCAGCCACACUGUACACGUGGUGCGGGUAGUGCGGCUACCCGCACCUAAGAAUUAGUCAUAAAUAGAAACAUGUGAUUUCCUUCCGUCGUUGGGUACCACCGUACCAACUCUGCUUUUUCGAAACAAUUAUUGGUACCAUGUUACUGCCCACAUGUUGUGUCUUUCACCGGAUAAAAGCACGACAAGACCAAAUGCAGGCCAAGGAAAAAAGAAAACAUGGAUCACAUAAUUAGAGGUAAGCACUUUGUGUUCUUUCUUUUAUCUCUUAGCUUGGCAGCAACUACUUCCGGUGCUUCUUCUUCUUGCCAACUGAGCUCUUUCGGGAAGAAGCACUUUGUGCUGAUUCAUGGAGCAUGUCAAGGAGCGUGGACUUGGUACAAGGUGGCAACUCUACUCAAACACUCGGGACACAAUGUCACAGCUCUUGACUUGGGAGCAUCCGGAAUUAACCCGAUCCAGGCACAGCAAUUCCCUUCGCUCUCUGACUACAUUGAACCGUUGAGAAAGCUCAUGGUGUCUCUGCCGCCAGAGGAGAGGGUUAUUCUCGUGGCUCAUAGCAUGGGUGGAGCUGUUAUAUCUAUUUUCAUGGAGAGGUUUCCUGAGAAGAUUGCUGCUGCUGUUUAUGUCACUGGUUUUAUGUCCGGACCUACUCUCAAUUACUCCACUAUUUUUACAGAGAUUAACAAAAAGCUGGAUUAUAUGGACUCUCAGUACAGAUAUGAUGCAGGGCCUAACAAUCCUGCAACGUCCUUCCUCACCGGGCCCAUGGUCUUAGCCUCAAAAUUCUACCAGCUCUCCCCACCUGAGGAUUUAACACUAAGUUUGUCAGUAAUGAGGUUUUCUCCUCUCUAUAAUUAUGAUGUGAUAAAGCUCACCGAGGAGAAAUAUGGGUCGGUUCCAAGAGUAUUCAUCGUGGCGGAACAAGAUCAUGCAAUAGUCUUGGACGUGCAAAAUUUUAUGAUAAAGAACAAUCCACCAAAUGAAGUCAAAGUGAUCAAUGGUUCUGAUCACAUGGUUAUGCUCUGUAGACCGGUGGAGUUGUUUUCCCACCUCCAGGAUAUUGCUGAGAAAUAUUUUUAAUAUUUGUAAAUUUAUUAAUAUUUUUAAUAUUUGUAUUCUUAAUUGGGCCCUUUUUUAAAGCUAGCUCUCGAACAUUUCAUUCUUAUGAAGAUUCCGUCUAUAUAAUCUAA